CACCCCUAGUCGCUCAUUUGCGUGUUGAGUGCCCUCACCGUUUCUCUUCUCUUUAUUUCUUCCCUUUCUGCGGAGCGGUUCUCUUAUUAUACCUUGGCUUCUUAAUCUCGUAUUAGUUCCCCUCCUGUGGAAGUGCUAGGAGCCUGGCGCCGCUCCUUUCAAUGGAAAAUGGGUCCUGAUCAGCAUGCUCAAUUGGAUGGCUUCAGUCUCUUUCUUCCCUUCCCCUCUCGUGUGGCCGUCUUAUUAUUAGCAGGCUUCUGGGGUUGGGGUGCCAAUCUUCAGUAUCUCCAACAGAACAAUAUUGACAUUCUCGCUUUGAUCCGGUAUCAUACUCGUCAAUCUGUUAACCAGCGACCCCCUCACGUCUCUGCGUACCGCCUCGCCGGCCUCCUGACCUUUCCUCUGUUACUAUCACUUCUGGUCUUCUGGCCGGUCACCCACGGCUCGAGAGAAUGGGUUGAAUCAGUCGACUACAUCCCGCAGUCUUACCUCUUUAUCCUCUUCAUCCUCCUCCUCCUACCUUUCAAUCGACUGUCGCGGUCUGGAAGGCGCAGAUUCUUAUACACACUUCGACGGAUUAGCAUCGGUGGAUUAGCAGAGGCUCAAGAUGGCAAAUUUGGCGAUAUCUUAUUAGCGGACGCUCUGACGAGCUACUCGAAAGUCAUUGCAGACCUCGUGGUUACGUUUUGCAUGUUCUUCAAUUCUGAGACCUCGAGCACGUCCAAACCGGACCGACACUGUGGCUUUGACCUCACUAUACCUCUCGUCAUUGCUAUACCAAGCAUUAUUCGAUUCAGACAAUGCUUGAUUGAGUACGUCCGCGUGCGCCGAAUGGGCUUUCAGAAUGGAAACACUGGUGGACAGCAUUUGGCCAACGCUCUCAAAUAUGCCAGUGCCUUUCCGGUCAUUCUACUUACCGCUAAAUUGAGAAAUUACAGCCCUUUCUCAUUCCACGGUAUCAGUGAAGUGACGCUAAACAGACUACUCUGCUUCUUCACCUUUAUCAACUCUUCGUACUCUUUCUACUGGGACGUCACCAAAGACUGGGAUUUAACCUUAUUUUCCGAAUCGCGAAACGACAACGAAUAUCCAUAUGGACUGCGCCGUUACCGCCAUUUUAGUGAUCAACAGUACUAUGCGGCGAUUGCUGUCGACUUCGCUAUCCGCUUCUCAUGGAUGUCAAAAUUUUUUCCAGGCUUUGGCUGGCUCAGUGAGACAGAGUUCGGACUCUUUGUGCUCAUGUUUUCUGAGAUCGCUCGUCGAUGGAUGUGGGUUUUUCUUCGAGCAGAAGCCGAGUGGAUUCGAAACAGCCGUGGGCCAGCACCGAGUGACGUCCUACUUGGGGAGUACAACGACAAACUGGACACAGAUUGAACGGCCAUUCACCGUCAAGCUGAGUUGUUCUUAUUUAAUCAAGUUAUAUAGACGAGACGACCUUGUAUUCUCCCUGGAUAUGUUGCAAUCGGGACUAAUGCCUCCGUCCCCCUUUUCUUCACAUUUUGCUCCGUCGUGCCAAACAUUUUUUCCAUCGCGCUUCAGCAUUCUUCAUUUCUUGCGCAUUGUUAUACAUUGGGGAUUUCGUUGAGCAAACAUUUCCCGUGUUCAUUAUUUUCCAAUGUGAUCCAGGAGGAUCUGUACCUUUUUCUUUACCGUAUCAUAUGGGCAAGCGCGUUGACGGAGCUUACUCUCGGACAUAAUACUGUCUUUCUUUGUGGAUCUUUCUCUUCUUUAUUAUUGUGACACGAGAAAUGGACAGGAGGAUUUAAUAGGUCUAAUCGUUGAGCGCAUAUGAAAUGAAUUCAUGGUACUCGUUCU